AUGACUUUAUUGUCUCCAUUCCUUAACCAAACUGUGCUUGUUGUAACACUCGAUGGCCGUGUUCUCGUGGGAACUUUGAAAGGCACUGACCAAAACGCCAACGUGAUUCUGGAAAAAUGUCAGGAGCGAGUGUUUUCUAUGGAUGGAACAGAAGUUGUACCUCUAGGCCUUUAUCUUGUUCGUGGUGAUAGUUUGUGCACGGUGGGCCUUGUUGAUGAGGAAAAGGAUACAGCCAUUGAUCUAUCGCAAAUACGGGCAGAACCUCUUGCAACAACGACGCUGUAA